AUCAGCCGCACUUGCCCCUGGGUAUACAAAUCCGGCCAGAGUCAAUCUUCCCCCUCCCCCAACUCUAAAUAGUUACUCUGAGCCAAGUCUUAUUCAUACCGCUGUCGCGCUAUUAAAUCUGAAUCGCAGUUAGAUCGCGACGUCGUGGGUAUCAUCAAACACUAUGCGGUUGCUCCAAGUCUUUUCAACCUCAGUCGCUCUAUUUUUCCAUGUCAACCACACAAAACAAUUCCAGCACUGGUAUCCUUUUUAUCGAGACUCCCUAACAAUAGUGGCAAACACUUCCCAAUGCUACGAGAGCUACAGUCGAGAUGUCCAAACGAAUGGUGCAUCUGAUCCAAAUGCGUGUAAGAAUAUGGUCGACUGUUUGUACAGCAAAAAUGGCGAUAUCAACAAAGCAGACUGGUCAUCAGCACUAGUGUUACUUGGCCUAACCCCAACCAUCCUCGGGCAAUUGGGCCCAGAUAUCAAAGAAAAGGCUCGGUUGGGGUUCCAAAGCCCGAUUCUCGGGUUUCUGUGUGUCCUCGGUGGGCCAUGUAUCCCAUUUACCAGACCUUGGACGAAACAAGAAGCGAAGAAGCAGAUGCGGAAAGAGCAGCGGGAGGAAGGAAACUUUGCUUCUGAAGAGAUGUGGAUUUUUUCUCCCGGUUCACCGCUCCCAGAUCGACGGUCCUGGACGCCUAUAAAGAUCUUUCUGAACUAUCUUUUAUCGGCUGCUGCGGCCGCUAACGUCCUCCAUAAUGUCAUCACUCUCGGCCAGCAAACAGUCCUUAGCUGGAAAUGCACUUGGACACACCUUCAGCUUGCAUGGGUUUUUUCCGCCGUUGGCCCGGUCCUCUUCUCGGGGGUCGCUUUACUGUUCGAGAAGAAAAAAGGGAGAGAGCGUUCUGCUGAUGAAUCUUCUAAAAAAUGUCGUGUUGCAACAGCAUACUUAGAAACCUCAGCCAAGGUUUUUGAUUCUCUAUCAAACAUUCUUUGUGCUGGGCAUGUCGUCUUCGGUACAAUAUUGCUCUCUUCGGCCCUUUUUAUUGGUACGCUCGAUGCCUUGGGAGUUGUCGCACGGUUUGCAGCAUCGACGCUUGUCUGCCAACUGAUCACUGCAUUGGAACUGGAUACAAAAGUGAAUGAAAAGAAGGAGGAUGAUGGAAUGACUACCACAGACCAGAUCUCCAUCCAUGGCCCCUGGUUGAAGUACAGUGGUUGCGACGACAUCUCUGGCAACAUGCUAAUCGGUGCCAUCAACAAAGGCGAGGCCAACAGAGUCAAGACCGCAUUCACUAGCGGACACGACUCCGUUACAGCCACUCUCCGUGACUAUAAGGCUCGCGGUAUUCAGUGGGUUGUUAUUGGUGACUGGAACGACGGUGAUGGUUCUUCCCGUGAGCACGCCGCUCAGAAACCCUAUCACCUUGGUGGUCUAGCUGUCAUCAGCCGCUCCUUCCCUCGUAUCCUCAAGUCCAACCUAGAAAAGCAAGGUAUACUGCCCCUGACCUUCUCCGACCCUGCCGACUAUGAUAAGAUCCAUGCCGAGGACAAGGUCGAUCUGAUGUGCAAUGAGCUCGCUGUUGGCAAGCCAAUGACUCUCCGCGUCCACCCUGCCGAUGGCAGUAAGGCCUUUGAUAUCUCCCUCAACCAAACCUUCAACGCGUCCCAGAUCGAGUAGUCCACGACGUUUCCGCCCUGAAAAUCAUAACCAAGAGCCGAAUAUCAAGUAAAUAGAGGUCAUUUUACCAUUUAGUUGUCAUGCUUCUCUUCUUUUUGGUCUCGUUUGAAUAGAUCUGUGUAAUUUGCUUCCUCAGGGCUCUGAAGAUGGAUUGAAAAAUACAUAUAUAAUUAUAGAAAGC